AUGGAUUCACUGUGGCAAAAAGAAUCGAAAGAUCCCGAAUUGUACGUGAACAUUUUCGAAAGAGUGUCCAACGAAAGUUUCGCUUCGUAUUGGAAACCAACUUCUGAGGCAGUGCCCAACCUCAACCGAAAGAAUAACGAAAUAUCUACACAAUGUCGGAGAGAUGGGAAUACAAAGUUCAAAAACGCAGAUUGGAUGGAAGCAUUGAAUGCAUACAAUCAAAGUUUAUGUUUCGCUGAAAUUGGCUCGGAAAAUGUGAGUUUGGCGUAUGCAAAUCGAUCGGCGUGUUUUCUACAUCUCGAAAUGUACGAUAAGUGUUUAACUGACAUUGAAAUGGCAAAACAAGCCAAUUAUCCGACAAAGUUGGUGCAUAAAUUGGACGAGCGACAUGAAGAAUGCCACAGAUUGAUGACAGCAAAUAAGAGAAGGCAUGAGUUGAGCUAUGAAGCUGACGACCGAUUACCGGGAAUGGCAAAUGUACUCGAGAUACGUUGUGAUAAGAGAUUCGGUCGUCAUGUCGUUGCAAAAUGUGAUAUUCCGGCUGGAAAAACUGUUUUAGCUGAACGAGCGUUCAUUGCACGUUUGUUGAACAUGUGCUACGAUAGCUGUGUGGUGUGCAUGAAAAUUUCCAUGAAUUUCAUUGCUUGUAAUCAAUGUACGUCGGCACUAUUUUGUAACAGUGAGUGCGCAAAUGCCAACGACAUACACAAAAUCGAUUGUGCCGAAUUGCCACCCCAAAGGGAAGGUGGUCCACUGGAAUAUUACUCAGACACAGUGAUUUCCAUUAUAGGCAUAUUUCCGCAUGUCGAAUCUUUGAUCGAGUUCGUGGAAAAUGCUAUCGAUUACGAAUGUAAAGCACCAGACUCACUUAACGACGUGAAGUCCAAACUUCGUGCAUUUUUGCAACUGUCGAAGAACGAUUGUCCAACAGCGAAGAAGGGCCACGAACGCAUAGUUGAAGCUCACAGAAUAUACAAAGGUUUGUUAUUACGAAAAUCAAUCCAAACAAUGUUUGAAACUGAACGAAAGAAACGUUUUCUGAUGCACUUGGUGUUACAUCUCAACUGUGCUAUGAUCAACAACGGUUACGAUGCGGACAACGGAUUUGAAAUGUCGAUCUACAUAAUCUCAGCGUAUUUCAAUCACUCGUGUGCACCGAAUGUGCUGGGAAUAAAUACGCAUCACAGUGUACGAUACUGCCAAACAGUUCGACCAAUUAAAGCCGGACAACAAUUGUUCGCAUCGUACGUGGGUGAUCUAACUGUUGCACCCGGCCAAAAUUCGAUACACGAAAUCGAUUCCGACUGUCGUCAACGAAUGUUAUACGAAAAUUAUGGUUUUCGAUGUGAAUGCGAAAGGUGCAAGCCCAACAUGAGAUCCUGGCAGACGAAUUCGCACAGAAUGCAAUCGAACCGGUUUUUCCAGUGGUUUCAUGCGAAAUGCGAUAGUUUUAUGAAUAGUGGUGUUGGUGCACAGCAAGAAAAAGCUGCCAUGUUAGAGAAGAAAAUGGUUGAGAUAUUGAAUCGAUUCGGUGACAAUCACUGGUGCAAUGAAUUGGCGUCAAUGAUAGCAAGCUAUCAACACUUAAUCAUGAAUUUUCCGAAUUCAGACUAA